CAUCCGUUGUCUAGUCAAACUGUUUUUGGAAAGAGAAGAACGGGAGAGAUUGAUAUUUGAGGGAUGAGAGGAGAAACAAAUCCGAUUUUCUUUUUACAAAAACGCUAAAAAAUUUCAUUUUUUUUUUCACUUCGUUGUUUAAUUUAAUCAUUGAUAAUAAAUUACUGUCUUUCCUCGUAAAUCCUUUGAUAUGAUUAAGAAAACCCUAAAUUUAGUAAUCUAAUUCAGAUUUUCAUCAGAUUAUUAUUGUUGUAAGUAGAAUCCUAAAUUAACAAAAGUGAAGAAGAAAAAAGAGAUUGAAGGAGGAGGAUUUUGGGGUUUGGUUAGAACAGUAGUCAUGGGGGCUGCUGGUUCUAAGCUUGAGAAAGCUUUAGGUGAUCAGUUUCCUGAAGGUGAAAGAUAUUUUGGUCUUGAGAAUUUUGGGAAUACUUGCUACUGUAACUCCGUUUUACAGGCGCUCUAUUUUUGUGUUCCUUUUCGUGAACAGUUGCUUGAAUAUUAUGCAAAUAACAAAAAUCCUGGUGAUCCAGAAGAGAACCUUUUGACAUGUUUGGCAGAUUUGUUCACUCAGAUAAGCUCACAGAAGAAGAAAACUGGUGUCAUUGCUCCAAAGCGCUUUGUUCAGAGAGUGAAGAAGGAAAAUGAGCUAUUCCGCAGCUACAUGCACCAGGACGCGCAUGAAUUUUUGAACUUCUUGCUGAACGAGCUUGUUGACAUACUCGAGAAAGAGUCACGCGCUGCCGCUGCCAAGAAUUCUCCAGAAACUUCUUCACCACCUGAAAAGACUGCAAAUGGUCCAAAGAGCUUGCAGGUCAAUGGUGUUCACAGAGAACCUUUGGUCACCUGGGUUCACAAAAAUUUUCAGGGGAUAUUGACCAAUGAGACAAGGUGCCUACGGUGUGAGACAGUAACCGCAAGAGAUGAAACAUUUUUAGACUUGAGUCUUGACAUCGAACAAAACAGUUCCAUCACGAGUUGUCUAAAAAAUUUUAGUUCCACGGAGACAUUGAAUGCUGAGGAUAAAUUCUUCUGUGACAAGUGCUGCAGUCUGCAGGAGGCUCAAAAGAGAAUGAAAAUUAAAAAGCCACCUCAAAUCCUUGUUAUCCAUCUAAAGCGCUUCAAGUACAUUGAGCAACUCAGUCGAUACAAGAAACUGUCUUAUCGUGUUGUUUUUCCGUUGGAGCUGAAGUUGAGUAAUACAGUAGAGGAUGCAGAUUCGGAGUACUCUCUAUUUGCUGUGGUUGUUCAUGUAGGAAGUGGGCCAAACCAUGGACAUUACGUAAGUCUUGUGAAGAGCCACAACCAUUGGUUAUUCUUUGAUGACGAGAAUGUAGAAAUGAUUGAUGAGUCAGCAGUUCAGACAUUCUUUGGGUCAGCGCAGGAAUACACAAGCAACACAGAUCAUGGGUAUAUAUUAUUCUAUGAAAGGGUUGGUACUACUACAACGUCUACAACUAGUUCUAGCCAGACAUGAGAGGUGUGAAGAAUUGGUCAAUUUGGCGAUGUUUGUAUUCUCUUGGUUCUUUCUUUUGAGCAGAGGUGGUGUUUUUCUUAUCUCCAUAUAUAAAAUCUUCCAGUCUCUUAUACUGCUUCCCUUGUUUACCCUCCCAUUUUGUUAUAUAACAUGUGGGAUUAACUCUGAAAGUCUAGAUGAUCAGAAGAGAUGUGAAGAUCAAAAUAGAGAAGAAGAGAUUCAUUGAAGCUAUUGCUGGUUGUCGAUCUAUGUACAGUUGUGGAUGGUAGUGGAGAAGCUCACUGUCCUUUAUGUGUACCCCUACAAUAAGAAACCAGAAAGAAAGGGUGUAAAAGUUUGGUCUUGAGAGAGUUGGACCAUGCAAUUUUUAUUCUCUUUUGUCUUUCACUCUUGAGAUUAAACUCUAUUACAUGACUUACAUUUCUUCAAAGUUUGAAGUUCCUUCUUCUUUUUUA